CGGUCGACGAGGAAAUGAUAAGAGGGGAUUCGUAGGCUUUUGACGAAGGCACUAGUGAGCAGGGGCAGAGCAAGAACUCGAAUGGGUGCGGACGAGGUGACGGGGUUGUGUACUACUAGCACAGUAGGAGUAGAAGCCUGAAGGAGUCAAUGGUCAAGUACAGGGCCCAGUGCAGAGCUAAUGGCUGAUGAUGGAGUGGGCAUUACACACUAUGGUAACAAUAUGCGAGCUGAGUGGCUGCACAAGUGAAGCGAGAGGAGAAGUGAAGGGUAAGCUGAAGCGGGUGGAAGAAGGAAAUGUAAGGAAGCGACAGCUGAAGACUCGCUUGGCAGGUUUGUGGUGGUACUCAUGAUGGGUGGUGAAUUGAGAGAGAUGCGUGUGAAGGAAAGAUGGGAUGUGAAUGGUUGUAGGCGAGGAAAAGAGUGGGUGAGGAGGAAGAUGGCAGAGAGAAAAGCGUGUGGGAAGGAUGGGAAGGAUGGGAAGGAUAAGGAGGAGGGCGCAUUGGGCAGAGAGUGAGAGUGAGAGGAAGAGGAAGAGGGAGAGGGAGAGGAGGUGGAGGAGAGGAGAGAGGGAGAGAGCGAGAGAGGGAGAGCGAGAGAGGGAGCCAGAGAGAAGAGCACCAACAAGCGCAAGGGGAAGCAACAAACACGCAACGACUCAUCCGAUUCAGCGACUCAGCGAUGAGGAUCAGACGGCAAGUGACUGAUGCCACAGUCAGAUCAAUCAAGUCGCUUUGCCCAAUGCCUGGUAGUUGAUCCGGCGCCGCAGGGAAGACCAAGGGGAGAUGAUGGGAGAAGGGAGCUCAGCUGCCCGCCCGCCAUUUUUGCCCUGCUCUGCCUGCUCUCCUCUCCCUCCCAUUUUACUACUACAGCUUCUCUCACCAAAGAAUCCUCCCAUACAAUUUUGCGCUGUACUGUACAGUGCCAGUCUUUCGUCGCCUGCGUUACCACUACAUACUUCGACACCACUCACCUCACCUUUUUGACGCGUUUUCCUCUCCUAGGAACGCAGAACAAAUACAGCUUCUCGUCUCGACAUCAGCUCACCAUCAAAAUGCCUAAAGCAACCGCCAAAGCCACCUCCAAGGCUAAGAGUACUCGAGGUGACAAGAAGAAGAAGGACCCCAACGCUCCCAAGCGCGGCCUCUCUGCAUACAUGUUCUUUGCCAAUGAGCAACGUGAGAAUGUCCGUGAGGAAAACCCAGGCAUCAGCUUCGGUCAAGUCGGCAAAGUCCUUGGUGAUAGGUGGAAGGCUCUUAGUGAGAAGCAGCGUGAGCCAUACGAGAAGAAGGCUGCCACCGACAAGAAGCGUUACGAAGACGAGAAGGCCAAGUACAAUGCCGCUGCCAGUGAUGAGGAUGAGGACUAAACAAGUCAUCGUCUCCGGACGUUGACCGAUUUCAGUCAUCUUUCUUUACUCUGGUUAUGUGUUUACUCGCAAUGAACGGAUGGGUGGCAGGGGUUCUGGAGUCUGCAGUGUCGACAGGAAUCAUGGGCUUUCACGGACAAUGCAUGGGAAUAGCAUCGAGCACGAGCUUCAGCUCAACGAACUAAUCAUCAUCAUCGUGCCCACAGAGUUAUCCUGUAUGUCACGGUGAAUUGAGCUGCAAUAACACAAGAUGUGACUUGGCAUGACAUGCUACUUGCUGUAUACUAGCUCUUCUAUCAAUGCAAUGUCUCGCAUAA